CUACUCUAAAAAGCUGACUUCGGUCUUUAGUCUGUGCAGUACAGGAGUGUGCAGUACUAAUGAAUGAAUCUGGAACUGAAUGAGAAUGAUGAUUUCUUCAGUCUCAAAGAUGCUGGUGAUUGUCAUCUGUAUGCUGGUAUCAAGCUCUACAGGUCAUGCGCAACAAUCUUGUUUGUCCUCGCUCGAUUGCCAUGGUGAUGAGGUUGAUGGAUUCCCUGCCACUUUGUCCGGCUGCUGUGUCCCUGGUGGAGGGUUGUCUUAUAGAGAGGGUUCUCAAUGCUCUAACUGCUACAGUGAGGAAAGUUUCACAACUGAAGGCAACUCUUUCUCCAUUGGUUUCUUCGGCAACUUCAAUCCAGGGUCCAGCUCCAGCAUCAACAAAGUUCGGUUUGCUGUCAACUCUGUAACUAACCAACAAGUCACUGUCUUUGUACAAUCUCCCUUGGAUGAUCGUAAAAUCGAAACAUACUCCACUCCAAUUGAAUUUGGCUUUUCAGCCGACAAAAUUAAUCUCCGGAGCCCCGAAGAGAGAGACAAAGGUGUCUACAUUUACUCCAAAGAUGGUGAACCUAUGUCAGUGAUAGCUCUUGCUGAAGAAUUCCAAUCCUCAGAUGCUUUCAAAGUUCUUCCUUGUGUGCAUCACCCUAGCGACGGUUACGAGUAUUAUGCCGUGUCAGUGCCAAUUUCACAGAUACAAGAACGGCAAGAUGAUUACGAAGACGACGAUUAUACCCCAGCCAGCGAGUUUCUAGGCAUUGAAGGAAGAAGUGCGUUGGUGAUUGUAACUACUGAAGAUGAUACUACAUUGCAAAUCACUUUAACUCAAAAUGUUGAUCUAUUUGCUGACGAUUUAAAGGAUCAAGUCCCUAAAGGGGAGAUAGAAGCUGGUCAGCCAGUAACUAUUAACAUUGCUAGGAGAAUUCAAACUCUAUAUUUAGGAAGUGACGAAGAUUUGUCAGGUUCAAGAGUCGUGUCCGACAAACCGAUUUCGUUCUUUAGUGGUCACGAGUGUGGAACUGUUCCCAGCAAUAUCAGCUAUUGUGAUCAUAUGAACGAGCAGAUACCACCCACUGCUACCUGGGGCAAGCAAUUCAUCACUGCUCCUCUAGCUAACAGGAGGUCUGGUGAUACUUUCAAAAUUGUAGCCUCGAGGGAUAAUACGAAUGUUCAAAUUGGAUGCACUAAUGACGAAUCAAUGUCUAUUUCUCUAGAUAAGGGAGAGAUGAGUCAGUUUGUUAUAUCUUCCGACAGUUCAUGCUAUUUUAUGUCGAGUCAACCGAUUCUACUCGUGCAGUUUUCGAUGUCAAGUACUUUAGAUGGCGUGUUUCUUAGUGACCCGUUCAUGAUUGUUGUACCCCCUGUGGAGCAGUAUCGCAGUCGCUACAACACCCACUCCUUUAGAAGUUCUGUCGGUACUAAAGAUCAGAUUGGGUCUUACUUUUUGAAUAUUCUAUUUCCAGUUAAUACAUUACCAUCUGGAAUUCGUCUUAACGAUAUGGAAGUUUCAAGCAGCGAAAUAACAGCAAUUCCAUGUGCUGAUAGUGAAGAAAUCUGUGCUUACUCGAUACUUGUUGAAGGUGUUAGCGAGUCUCCGAUACUACGCCACGUUGACAACAUGAGGAUCAAUGCGAUUGUAUACUGGUAUGAAUUUAGAGUGGGCUACGGCUACUUUGCAGGAAUGACACAAAGGCCUAUUGCAUUGCCAGCUGUUUCUUUAACAUCCAGUAUGUUCACUGCAUUCGAGAAUAAUAGCUCUGUAAACGUGACCGUAAUGAGGGAGGGUGAUCUGGAUUCGGAAAUUGUUGUCAAACUAAAAACAUCUCAGCUAGUUGAAGAUAAUGUUGCUAUUGCUGGUGUUGACUUUGUGCAUACUGAAGAGAAUGUGACAUUUGCACGAGGUGUAGAUCAAGCCCAGAUAACUAUCCCACUGAUCAACGAUGUCUUCCCUGAGGCAACGGAAUCAUUCCAAGUGUUCCUGUCUGCCUCCCCCGGAGUGUACAUUCAGUCUCCAGCAGUUGCUACCGUGAUGAUCAAUGAUCGAGACCCUGAUUUGCCUGUAAUGAAUGUGAGUUUCUCUGCGGUGUCCCUGAAUGAGAUGGAGGGGGGCGUGGUCAGGUUCACGCUUGACAAGACUCAAGGGGCAGUGGGUGACGUCAGUGUCAGACUCUUCACUAUUGAUGACUCAGCAAUUGCUGGUAGGGACUAUCAGAGCAUUGAUGAAGUGAUUACCUUUGCCAUUGAGGAGCUGCAGUACGAGGGAACACUGCUCAUCAUGAACGAUGAAGUUGUGGAGAAUGUGGAGCAGUUAAGUCUUCAGAUUGAGGCCCUAGAUGGAGUGUUCCCUGUGAAUGUGAUGGACGCAGCUGUCAUGGUUACUAUCACUGAUGAUGAUGUUGCUGUGUUCAGUUUCCUACAAGCAACAUACUCCACAAACGAGUCAGAUUCUGUUCUACAAGUGUCGUUGGAGUAUGGUGUCCUCGACAGAACUGUUGAAUUGCAGCUGAUAAGCCGGAGUGGAUCUGCAAUAGAGAAUAUAGACUAUAUUGGCAUCAAUCAGAGAGUCGUGUUCAGUCCCGAUGGUCCCUCGUCGGUACCAAUAAUGAUAAUGAUCAUUCCCGAUGGUCUAGUUGAGAGAGACGAGACAUUUUCUAUCGGCUUGACAACCUCCCAACAAGACCCUGCCAGUAGGAAUAUUGUCAUUGGAAGAGACGUGGCUCAGAUCACCAUCAAUGACUUAGAUACUGCUGUGAUUGUGCUUGAAGAUGUGAGGAGUGUUAUUCGGGAGGGAGGAGGCAGUGCUCGGUUCAAUAUCAGACUGCUCUCUGGUGAACUAGGGAUACCAGUGGAUCUAGUGUACUCUACAUACAACAUCAACGCCACAGGUGGAGACUCAAAUCUGGAGGACUAUGUGGCUGCUUUAAAUGAACCGGUUACACUUUCGUCACUAUCACCAAUCUUUGAAGGACUCAUUGUAGUCAAUGACGAUGGAGUGUUUGAGGGAGAAAUAAACGAGAGGUUUGGAGUGCAGCUGUCUCUGUUGUCUGGAGUUCCUGACAGAGUCACUAUCGAAACUUCUACUAUUGAGUUUCAGAUUGAAGACAAUGAUUCAAGACAGGUUGCUCGAGUUGGAUUUUCCCAGAGUAGCUUCACCACAGUGGAGGAGGCUGGAACAGCUGCUCUUGUUGUUAAUAGCAAUGGCGCUAACCCCGACCCAGUCAUUGUCGGUUACACUGUUGAUGAAAGGAACACACAAGAUGGCAAUGAUGUCACUGGUACGAGUGGUUCCCUAAUGCUGUUCCCUGGAGUUUGGAGUGUACCUCUAACAAUUGAGCUCACACAAGACACCACACCAGAACCAUCCGAACUACUCAACGUCACACUCACAGCUGGAGAUGAUGUUUCCCUGGAAAUAAGCACUGCCACUGUCACUAUACUGGACACAGAUGCACCCAACUGUGGUCCUCUCUCCUCGCCCUCCAAUGGCAAUGUGGCCACACCCUCUGGCAUCACAGUCGGUAAUGUGGCUUCCUACUCGUGUGACGAGGGACUGGUUUUGACCGGCUCUACUGCUCGUGUGUGCGGGAAUGACAGACUAUGGACCCCAGAGGCACCCACUUGCGAAGUUCCAACGUGUGGGCAACUGUCUAGGCCUGUCAAUGGAGCUCUGUCUCUUUCCAGUGGUGUCAAUGAAGGAAGUGUGGCAACGUACACAUGUGACACAGGGUUCACUCUGACUGGAUCAGCCACUCGUACAUGUACCAGUAAUGGAGGGUGGACUCCGUCAGCACCUGUUUGUUUGAUUGAAUGUAGUGCUCUCUCCUCACCCUCCAAUGGAAAUGUGGACACAUCCUUUGGUACCACGGCUGGUAACGUGGCCCUCUACUCAUGUGACGAGGGACUGGUUUUGACCGGCUCUCCUGCUCGUAUCUGCGACAACAAUGGACUGUGGACUCCAAACGCACCAACCUGCGAAGAAACUCUUCCACCUUCUUUACCAGGGAAUUUUCAAUCAGUUGAAAUUGGUACAAAUAACAUUGAGUUGCUAUGGACACAAGAUGAAGUAGUCACAGGCUACAUACUCGACAUCACUUACAAUGGACCAUGUGUACCUAACAGUCAGAUGAUGUUUUUAGAUAGUUCACUGCGCUCGUAUACUAUCACUGGUCUGGAAGAGGGGAGUUCUUACAAUAUCGAGUUGUCUGCUCUGAAUGGGGCUGGAAUGAGUGAGGGAAGUCGACUACAGAUAUUUACUGUUGGAACUGCCCCGAGCGGGCCCCCACAGUCAGUCAGGCCAACAACAAUUGAUACCAAUCUGAUCAUCCUGAGGUGGGAUGGAGUGGAUUGCUUGGAACGAAAUAAUUUGGGGCUGCUCCGAUAUUUUGUUGAGUAUUCUCAAUUGGGAGGAGCUACCAGUACCAUCAUCACAUCUAGACAAAAUGUUACUAUCAGGAAUCUAGAGCCAGGCACCAUGUACACAUUCCAGGUGGCUGGAGAGAAUGACGCCGGAAGAGGACCUUUUGCUUCACUUUCACACUCCACUCUAUUUGAACCUACCAUUACAACAGAAUGUCCGACUGUCACAGAGUGUCCCACAAUGAUAGAGUGUCCACCCCCUUGCUGCACUACGGGAGACUUGCGGCUUGUGGAUGGUGAAAAUGAGCUGGAAGGUCGUGUAGAGAUAUGCUUUAAUGGACAGUGGGGAACAGUUUGUGACGACUCUUGGGGCAAUAAUGACGCUACAGUUGUGUGCAGACAAGUCGGUCACUCUGAUCAAGGUGCCAGAGCAUUUCAGUCUGCCUUUUUCGGACAGGGGGAUUGUCCUAUCCUACUAGACGAUGUGAGUUGUAAUGGGAAUGAGGAGAGACUAGAGAGCUGCGGUAGUAGAGGGUACGAGGUCCACAACUGUGGGCAUCAUGAAGAUGCUGGAGUGAGGUGUUUGGCCGCAGGGACAGCUCUUCAAUGCCCUCCCCUCCAACCAAUUAAUGGAAUCAUCUCGUACAGUCCUGACCUUACACCUGAUUUUGAUAUUGGGACCGUGGUGACUUAUUCCUGCAACGUUGGGUUUGUUCUGGACCUGACCUCAGGGAGAUCUGAGACAAGAACUUGUACAGCCAGUAUAGAUAAUACUAUGGCAGUGUGGAUUGGUCGGGAACCUCGCUGUAUCGAAGUGGAAAUCUCUUUCAGCAUGACUAUUCUCGAGUUCGCUGAAAAUGGCAGGCAGGGAUUUGUGGAGUUUGUUACCAACAAACCAUCCCCACAAAACUUCGAUUUCAUUCUGGAUGGAGUUUCUGAAAGUCAAGAGUUUGUAGUUCCGUCAGCUGUUGUCAGUGAAUUGUUCUCGUUUGCGUUCACGUUCACGUUCUCUGCCGACCAGAGCUCCUUCCGAGUACCGUUUGAUAUCAUUGAUGAUGUAAUUGGUCUAGAGGCUCCGGAGAUCUACAUGGGAAAUAUCUCCCUCUCUCCUCAAGCAGAAAUGGCUGGAUACAUUUUGGGGGCUCUGACUCAAGCCACUCUACAAUUAAGUGGUGGAUGACGAUGGUAUGAAUACAGAUCAUGUAACUAUAUAGUUACUCACAUGCACAUGUUUUUGUGUGGUGAAAUUGUAUGUUUAACAAUCCGUGCGAUGCAGAAUAUAAACGUCAUUCCUUUUUCUUUUUCUAAACAACUUUGUUUCUGAGUGCUGGGCAACAAGAGUAUAGAGUUAUAGAAGCUGAGGGCUUCGUACUACUCUCAUAUAUAUUAGACCGAGAAGCAGCGAGAGACGUGUCAUUUGAUGUCAUCAAUAUUGACGGCACAGCCACAGGUGGUGGUGUUGAUUAUGCCUCCAUUGGAUACUCUCUCAUCAUCCCUGCUGGCCAAACUCGUGUGACCAGAUCAGUUGCUAUAUAAACAUGGACAAUGUGGUUGAAUCUGAUGAGGUCUUUACGAACAGGAUCAAUCGUAUCAACACAGCUGGUGUGUCAGCAGGUCCCGUCGAGGCAACGGUCACCAUUGUCUCUAGUCAAGGUUUGUCAACAUUAAUUUUAUUAACUCGUAAUAUGACCUAUAGCAUGAGCUAUAACUACGUGAUUGCAUAAAUUUACUUACCGUAUAGCGCGAAAUUUUUGAGGGGCUUAAUUUUUGCGGAUUUUGUGGGUUGGAAUUCUACACGAAAAUUAAGUCCACGAAAAGUGUUCGUUAAUAAGAAUUACCUGCUAUCAUGCAAAUAUUUAAAGGCGUGGCUUCCGGUAAGCAGUCAUUCCGCAAACAUUGUGCAACGAAAUGGCUUUUAGAGGCCAAUCCACGAAAUAUAAGUGCCUCGAAAAUUUCGCGCUAUACGGUAUAUCUACAAAUCAUUUUUCACACUCAUUAUAUAAUUUAAUAGCUUUGCGUCUUCACUCCUUUCCAUGCUCUGUGGCCUGCAUGCAUCGGGGGGGGGGGGAGAUAUACUUACAGGUCCUGUGCAUCCGUGCAGCAGCCAGAGGUUGUCCUCCCCUUACAUCAAUCCCUAACGGAUUCAUCUUUUAUGGCUCUGAUAUGACACCCAACUUCAACUUUGGAACUACUGUCACGUAUAGUUGCAACGAUGGAUUCAUCUUAGUGGGGGGUGGUCAGUCACCAAUUUGCAAUGGGUUUGAGUGGAGUCGCGUCCAGCCACCAUCUUGUAAUCGUAAGUCUUAUUCUUCACAAAAUGAAUAGUUGCUUUUAAAGUGAUGUACACCUCGAUCUCUUUAUGUGCAGCAAUUUAAGCGAGCCUCUGUGAUGAUGGGACUUGAUUUUUUUUUAUUUUGAUUUAGAAGGUGCUCUUGAUUGCACUGAUUAAAGUAUAUAGCCAAUUUUUUUUUCAUUAUAGUUGUACAGUUGAUUUGAUUAUGUUCCUUCGUAUAAUAGUAUCUUUAAGUAUUUCAAGUAUCUUGCUAAAACAUCAUAAAAUAAAAUGGAUUCGUGGAGCCGACGAAUUAAUUUCCAGAAGUUUUCACAUUAUGAUUCAGGAAAAUUUUAAGUUGUAAUUACUGGUAUGUGUAUAAUUAUCUUUUAUCACUGAUAAUGCUGAUUUUAUGGAGUGUACUAUAAACAUUUCACUGUAUGCCUGCAGGCACACUAUAUAAUAAUAAUAGUCAGACUUUCUUGUAUUAAUUACAUGACACCCUGUAUCGUUAACACAGCACCCAGAUGCAGUGAUGGUCAGUUAAGAGUGGUGGAUAUGGAACGAGCACGCCAAGUUUCCUCCAGGGUCGAGUGGAAGUGUGUAUGGACGGUGUCUGGGGUACUAUUUGUGAUGACCUGUGGGAUGAUGAUGAUGCUACUGUGGUCUGCCGGCAGCUGGGCUCUCUGAUAUUGGUGCUGCUGCAUUUUUUCUUGAAGACGGUGUCACCCCUGGUCCGGAAGCAGCCCCCAUCUACUAUGACAACGUAGAGUGUCGUGGUACUGAGAUGGUCCUGGACGAUUGUGUGUUCGAUACUGAUACAACUCAGUGUGACCAUAGCGAGGAUGCCGGUGUGAGCUGUGAGAGGCUAGUAUUGCCUACACCUGACACAAAAUAGUGGCAUGCAACACGUACAUAAUUAUUAUACUGAACUUUAGCUAGUAUAUACUCUUCUGUAUAGCUAAAA